UGGCGUCAUGUGACGCAGCGUCGGUUUGCCACGUCGGUCUGUAACUGCGCGAGGAACUUCUGCAACUUUCUGUUUUGCAUUUUAAGGCCGUUAAUACAAAGCAGCGCGACUGCAACAACACACGCGAAUUAUCCACAUUUGUCUGUCAGAAACUUUACACUGUAUCAUCAAUUCAGAAAGAGAGAGAGAAACAAAUGUGGUUUUUACAGAGUUUAGGUGACUGAUGUCUGCGCUCAUGAUUGGUGUGCGUGGCCGAGACGUGACGGAGCCGCAGGGAGCCGCUGGUGGAGACGCGAGGACGGGGCCGCAGGGAGACGCUGGAGGUCAUGCCCGGGGGCCGCAGGGGUCCCAGUAGACAGCAGCUGAGCCGCUGCGCUCUGCCGUCGCUGCAGACGCUGGUGGGCGGCGGCCUCAGCAAUGGGGCGGGGCUUCGGUGCAGGAACAGCAGUGCGCUGGGUCUCUCGGCUCCGCCCCUCACGGCCCUCAUCACUCCAGAUCCCGUCCGGCACUCCCGUAUCCCCGAUCUUCCUCUGGACAGUAAUCUCCUGUUCGAGGCGCUGCUGUUCCUCUACCUGCUGGUGGCGCUGUUCGUGCAGUACAUCAACAUCUACAGGACGGUGUGGUGGUCCUCCUACAGCCAGCCCACGGCCUCCACGUCCCUGAACUAUCACCUGAUGGACUCUCACCUGGCUGUGUUCAUCACCGUGAUGUUGGCCAGGAGACUCGUGUGGACCGUCGUCUCAGAGGCGUGUGUGGCGUGUCCGGCGUCUCUGCUGCGCUACACGGUUCUGCUGGCGGUCCGGUUGGUUCUGCUGACGCUGUGUGUGUGUGUUCUGUGUUGGACCCUCGUGCACCUCUUCAGGAACCACUCCGUGCUCAACCUGCUGUUCCUGGGCUAUCCGUUCGGUGUGUACGUGCCGCUGGUCUGCUUCCACCAGGAGUCUCGGUCCCCGUCGGACUGCGUGUUCUCGGAGCCGGACGGGUCUGAUGUUCCUCUGAGACCCAAACCGUUCCUGGCGCUCCUGCGGGAACACCUGCGGGAUCAGCUCUGUGGCUCCGCCCCCAUCCCCGCCCACUCCUGCCCCCCCUCUCCCCCGUCCCCGGACCGGAUCCGCUCCGAAGUCCAGCAGCUCAAGACCGACUUCAACCGCCGCAUCAAAGAAGUGCUGUUCAACUCGCUGUUCAGCGCGUACUACGUGGCCUUCCUCCCGCUGUGCUUCGUCAAGAGUACGCAGUACUACGACAUGCGCUGGUCCUGCGAGCACCUGAUCAUGGUGUGGAUCAACGCCUUCGUGAUGCUGAUGAGCCAGUUGCUGCCGCCCCGGUACUGCGACCUUCUGCACCGCUCCGCUGCGCACCUGGGCCGAUGGCAGAGGCUGGAACCCGGCUCCGGCAGCAACGCCCCGCAGCACAUCUGGUCCGACAGCACCAUCUGGCCGCAGGGAGUUCUGGUUCGGCACAGUCGCUGCCUCUAUAAGGCCGUCGGGCCGUGUAACGUGGCCUUGCCCUCCGACGUCUCGCACGCCAGGUUUUAUUUCCUGUUCCACAAGCCGCUGCGGAUCCUGAACCUGCUGAUCGGGAUCGAGUCGAGUGUGGUUCUGUACCAGCUGUACUCGCUGCUGCGGUCCGAGCGCUGGAACCACACGCUGUCGCUCGGACUCAUCCUCUUCUGCAACUACUACGUGCUGUUCAAGCUCCUGCGGGACCGGCUGGUUCUGGGCAAGGCGUACUCGUACCCGCCGGGCCACGGCCUGCCCGUCAAGACGCCCUGAGACUCGGACUCUCGCUUUUGAUACCGUCUGUUUUCAUGCAACCUUUGUAUCUAUUUAAUAAAAUAUUUUAUUUUGUAUACUGUUACACACGACUAGAAGACGGGCGUUACGUGUCCGGCGCGAUGGCGUAUCCUGACGCCGAUGUUUAGUCGCCCGCGUCGCUCACGACGUCCGAAUUCUGCCAAAGAUUGAAAAAAGAAACAAAACUGGAAGAGCUAAUGCUGGCCAAUCACGAGGACGGACUGGACGGGGCGGUCCGGUUCAUCGCCAAUGCUGGACGGUCACUUACACUCUUAAGUAUUAUCUGUUCUAAGCAUCUUGUGUGUCCACUUGGUUUCAAUCCAUCUCUGUUGAUAAACUGCACCGACCGGAUCUGGUUUAAAGCUUGAGCGAUCAGCAUCUCCAUUUGCCGUUCAUGUUAACUCUGUGCCAAAUCCCAGGGGGCCGUGGGGCAUCAGGAGUGGGCGUGGCCACGCGAGCUGUGGGCGGAGCCACGCACUGUCAAGCUUGCAGUAUUUUAUAAAACCACUUUUGUUUCAAAGUUCCAAUGACAUCCAGAAUAAAUGACAGAACCAGCUCAAGUGCC